UUUUUUCAGUAUCCAUUAGUUUUAGAUCAAACGCAGAACUUAUCGAAGCUAAAGAAGGAACGAGUGUGAUUCUACCAUGCAAAGCAUUUGGAGAUGAGUCGCAAGUCAAAUGGAUGAGAACAAAUAGAAAUGAAAUAAAAACGAAGAGGAGGAGUAAAUACACAUUAGACAACCAAGGAAAUCUGAAGAUUAACAACUUAACACUAACAGACGAAGGAUCCUACAAAUGUUCGAAAGGAAAUGAAGUAUCCAAUGAUAUAUCCUUAGUUAUACAAUUUUUACCAGUUAUUACUAAUCUAACGGAAAAUUUUGAAAUCGAAGAAAAUAAUUACGCUGUUAUGACUUGCCUGUCAGAAGGUAAUCCUAUACCUCGUAUUACGUGGCAAAUAACAGAAGAAAAUACAGAAGAUACAGAUGACCCCAAACCCUCCGUUUGGUCUUGGUUAGGUAAUGGUAGUACCAUAAAUGUGACGAUGCCGUGUAGCCAUUGCAAUGUUUAUGUCAGAUGCACAGCAGAGAAUUCCUUAGGAAGAGAUUCGAAGAGCCUGAAAGUUGCAGUUCUAGGAAAACCAAAAGUGUCAGUUGCCAACAAAAUAAUCAACCGCAAAAUCGGCGAGUUUAUGACACUGCGUUGUAAGAUUAAUUCACUCCCACUGACCUCUAUGAAUUGGAAAAAGAACGGCACUGAAGUAACUAAUAUACCAGCUAUAAAGAAAAGAAUGGAAAUAGAUUUAGACGUACAAAGCAAGAGCAAAUUUACUUUCAUCCUAAGAAUUAAAAAUCUUAAAAAGAAAGACUUUGGAACAUACGAAUGUAUAGCAUACAACAAAUAUGGAAACAGCACAGAAGAAGUUACGUUACUACGCGGGAAAGGACGACGUAAAAAUCCCGUCCCUUCGCCUCCAGGAUCCAGGGACAGGACAGCAUUAUCCACAACAUUAUCCACUAAUGGAUACCCUAAUCGUAAAGAUGCAACCAUGAAACGUGUACGUACAGAGUCACCGGUUAUAACAACGCUCCCUACCGGAUUAAAGUAUUCUGUUAGCAAUUCAAACGGAAGGUUUUCUAGCCUGACAACGGUGGUGCUGUUCACAAUCAUUUCAUUUCUUAAUCAGUUAAAUAUAUUAUUCUUUUAAACUUGUAUCUUUUUUUUUUAACAAAUGAUAUUUCACAUUAUCAAAUUAAACAAUUAUAUAUUUUA